CCCUAUGGGUCCCAGUGUGUCUCUAUGGGUCCCAAUGUGUCGCUAUGGCUCUCAAGGUGCCUCUAUGGGUCCCAACGUGUCUCUGUGGGUCCCAAUGGGUCCCAAUGUGUCUCUAUGGCUCCCCAUGUGUCUCUAUGAGUCCCAAUGGGUCUCUAUGGCUCUCUAUGGGUCCCAAUGGGUCCCAAUGUGUCUCUAUGGGUCCCAACGUGUCUCUAUGGGUCCCAAUGUGUCUCUAUGGCUCUCAAGGUGUCCCUAUGGGUCCCAAUGUGUCUCUAUGGGUCUCCACGGGUUCCAAUGUGUCUCUAUGGCUCUCAAGGUGCCUCUAUGGGUCCCAAUGGGUCCCAACGGGUCUCUAUGGGUCCCAAUUGGUCCCUAUUGGUCCCAAUGUGUCUCUAUGGCUCUCAGUGUGUCUCUAUGGCUCCCAAUGUGUCUCUAUGGGUCCCAACGUGUCUCUAUGGGUCUCUAUGUGUCUCUAUGUGUCUCUAUGGGUCCCAACGUGUCUCUAUGGGUCCCAAAGUGUCUCUAUGGGUCCCAAUGUGUCUCUAUGGGUCCCAGUGUGUCUCUAUGUGUCCCAUUGUGUCUCUAUGGGUCCCAAUGUGUCUCCAUGGGUCCCAUUGUGUCUCUAUGGGUCCCAACGUGUCUCUAUGGGUCCCAUUGUGUCUCUAUGGGUCCCAUUGUGUCUCUAUGGGUCCCAAUGGGUCCCAUUGUGUCUCUAUGGGUCCCAUUGUGUCUCUAUGGGUCCCAACGUGUCUCUAUGGGUCCCAAUGUGUCUCUAUGGGUCCCAGUGUGUCUCUAUGGGUCCCAACGUGUCUCUAUGGGUCCCAAUGUGUCUCUAUGGGUCCCAACGUGUCUCUAUGGGUCCCAAUGUGUCUCUAUGGGUCCCCAUGUGUCUCUAUGGGUCCCAUUGUGUCUCUAUGGGUCCCAACGUGUCUCUAUGGGUCCCAAUGUGUCUCUAUGGGUCCCAUUGUGUCUCUAUGGGUCCCAAUGUGUCUCUAUGGGUCCCAUUGUGUCUCUAUGGGUCCCAAUGUGUCUCUAUGGGUCCCAGUGUGUCUCUAUGGGUCCCAUUGUGUCUCUAUGGGUCCCAAAGUGUCUCUAUGGGUCCCAAUGUGUUCGCCCUCCACUUCCCCCCCCCAGCGCCUUGUCAUCCACUUGGUCCUUCCAUAA